AUGCUCUUCUACUUCCUCGUCAUUAGUAAGCGACCUUUAAAAAAUCAAAAAUUAUUUUCAAGUUCCUGGUUUUCCAAUGUUGAAAUGGGACCGCCAGAUGCAAUUUUGGGUGUUACCGAAGCUUAUAAAAAAGAUACAAAUCCAAACAAAGUCAAUUUGGGUGCUGGAACUUAUCGAGACGAUCAAGGAAAACCUUUCGUUUUGCCGAGUGUGAGAGAAGCGGAGGCACAAAUUAUUGCUGCUAAAUUGGAUAAAGAAUAUGCUGGAAUUGCUGGAAUUCCCGAUUUUACUUCAAAAGCAAUCCAAUUAGCGUUGGGAGACGAUUCUUCUGUGUUAAAAGAGAAGAGGAAUGCAACGGUUCAAUCAGUAUCAGGCACUGGCGCUUUACGAACUGGUUCUGAAUUUUUGUCCAAAUGGUUUUCUUCUUCAAAAGUUGUUUAUCAACCAACACCAACUUGGGGCAAUCAUUUACCUGUCUUCAAAUUUGCUGGAAUGGAAAUUAAGCGUUAUCGUUAUUACGACCCUAAAACUUGUGGAUUUGAUGAAAAUGGCUGCUUGGAGGAUAUUUUGGCUAUACCUAAAGGUUCCGUGAUUCUUUUACAUGCGUGUGCCCAUAAUCCGACAGGAGUUGAUCCAAAUCCAGAACAAUGGAUCAAAAUAUCAGAAGCUUGUAAACAACGCCAACUUUUUUGUUUCUUUGACAUGGCAUAUCAAGGCUUUGCUUCUGGUGAUGUAAACAGAGAUGCUCAUGCUGUUAGAUAUUUUGUGGAAUCUGGACAUAAUAUUUGUUUGGCUCAAUCUUUUGCUAAAAAUAUGGGACUUUACGGUGAACGUGUCGGUACAUUUUCAAUAAUUUGUGAAAACGAGGAAGAAGCUAGCCGUGUACUUUCUCAAUUAAAAAUUAUCGUUAGACCAAUGAUUUCAAAUCCACCAAUUCAUGGGGCACGCAUUGCUGCAAAAAUACUUGGAGAUCCUGUUUUGAGAGCACAAUGGCUCGUAGACGUAAAAGGAAUGGCAAAUCGUAUAAUUACAAUGCGUGAUCAACUCAAAGAGCUUUUAAUACGUGCGGGUUCUCAGCGUAAUUGGGACCAUAUAGUUAAUCAAAUUGGAAUGUUUUGUUAUACUGGAAUAAGUCCUGAACAGGUUGAUCGUUUAACAAAGGAAUUCAGCAUUUAUUUAACUCGAGAUGGACGUAUUUCUGUAGCUGGAAUAUCUUCAAAAAAUAUUGAAUAUUUGGCUAAUGCUUUACAUCAAGUUACCAAAUGA